AUGUGGCUCUGUCUGGCAAUCUCACUGGCACUGUUCUUCCUGAUCCGAUGGUAUCUGGAGAGACAGACCGUGGAGGACCUGAGGGAGAAAUAUGUCUUCAUCACUGGCUGUGAUUCCGGCUUUGGCAACCAGCUUGCCCGGCAGCUGGACUUUCUGGGCAUGCAGGUCUUGGCGGGAUGUUUGACCCAGAAGGGGGCUGCGGAACUGGAAAGGCUUUCAUCUGAACGGCUAAAAACCAUCAUCCUGGAUGUGACCAGCACAGAGAGUGUUGUUGCGGCAACUGAGUGGGUGAGAGGCCACGUGGGGAACAAAGGGCUCUGGGGCUUAGUGAACAAUGCGGGAGUUGUGCAUCCUGUAGCUCCCAACGAAUGGCUGACCAAAAAUGACUUUGUGAAAGUGCUUGACGUCAACUUAGUUGGUCUAAUUGAUGUGACUCUGCACAUGUUGCCCCUGGUGAAGAAGGCCAAAGGAAGGGUGGUCAACGUGGCCAGCAUCCUGGGUCGGCUGGCUUUCUAUGGAGGAGGCUACUGCCCAUCUAAAUAUGGGGUGGAGGCUUUUUCUGAUUGCCUGAGACGUGAACUCCGCCUGUUUGGGGUGAAAAUAGCCAUAGUAGAACCAGGAUACUUCAGAACAGGCAUGACAAACAUUCAAUUGAACCUCAACAGUCUGGAGCAGAUUUGGACCAAUGUUCCACAGGACACCAAAGAAAGCUAUGGCCAGACCUAUUUUGACAAUUAUUACAAGACGUUCAAGGAGGCAAUCACAACUCGGUGCUCCACAGACCUGUAUCCGGUCACUGACUGCAUGGAACAUGCCUUGACAUCCAAGCACCCCCGGACUCGCUACUCUGGAGGCUGGGACGCCCAGUUCUUCUACAUCCCACUCUCUUACCUGCCCACAGUUUUGGUGGACUUUGUGCUGACAUGGCCCUGGCCAAAACCUGUUCAGGCUGUACAAUGA